UUGUUCCUUAGAGCAGUGCAAAGGCAAAAAUUAGCUAUUCAAAAAUCUGUAAGUGAAGUGACAAAAUCUUUCCAAGAGUCAAUGAGAACUUUGCAGGACCAACUAGGAAAAGAGGCUAUUCAAAAAUCUACCGGUGAGGUGAUAAGGUCUCUUCAAGAGACAAUGAAGGCAUUACAGGAGCAAUUAGAAAAAGAACGCCUGCAGUUAACUGCUGAACGCCAGGCACUGGAAAAAGAGAGAGAGAUUAACUCAUUGCUUAGGUCAGCCCUUGAAGAUGAGGAGGAACAAAAUGAAAGGCUUAAAAAAAUACUGGAAAUGAAAAAUUGUGAAUUGCGAGACAUCAAUUCAAAAUACCCUAAACCGGUAGAUGUUAACAAAUCCCUGUACCCCUCUGGGGAAUUAGAAGAAUUGAAGCAAAGUUACCCGGAGGACGGGGUAAUACAUAUGCGUCCCCUCAUUAAAACUGAAACCACUGGCCAGGGGGCAGAUCGGCAAACUACCACACGAAUUACCCCGUACACGGGGGAAGCACUGGCCAAAAUUCAGGAAAAAUAUAGCCGUAAGGCCAGUGAGUCAGAGACUGAAUAUGUGUGGAGGGUGUCCCUUACUGGGGGAGAUCGGAUUUUGUUGAGUGAAGAUGAGGCCAGAGGAUUUUGGGGCCCUGGGGUUUUCCUGACCACAAAUGAUAACCGAGCCCCGUGGCCACUGACCCAGAGAGCUGCCUACUGGGCAGGCGGGUUAGACCCUAUAGAAAGGGGAGAUCCUCACACAAUUAAAACCCCCACAAUUGGCCACAUUGUCGAAAGUGUACAAAAAACUGCAUGCCUCCAAUUAAUCCAUACAAGACUGUUGGACUCGCAGCGACAUUCCCCUAUGGAACUCGAGGCGGAUCCACAAAGAUUUCCUGUCCUAAUCCGAGGUCUGCCUGAUGCACUAAAAACCCAUGCUAAACAACUACAAGAACGUAUAAUGGCAACCCCCAGGCCCGGAAGAAGGGGUGCUCCACCAGGAAUGACCUGGUUGGAGGUGGCCCAAGAAUUAGUAACUACUGGUAGACAGUUGGGGAUCUCUGAUACAAGUAGUUUUAAACAGAAAACAGAUAUCAGAAGGGUGGGAGAAACCCGAAAACCACCUUUGGCAGGUAAUCGUCAGCAAAAUGUGAUACCUAGUGAGCGAACAAGGUACAGUUUGUGGGUGGAGGGUGUUGAGAAAGGAAUUCCUCGAGAGGUGAUGGACAAAUUACCUACAGCUAAUUUGGAACACUUGAUAAAGCACUGGGAUAAGAUCAAAGAGCAUGAGUCACCCCCGGAGGGCAAUUCUCCCCAGGAGCCCAACACUGUAGUUCCCUCAGCCCCACCAGAAAACAGUUUAACCAGUUCCCAGCCGGGAAACAGGGUUCGCCUCUCCCAGUAAGUGAGCCGGGGAGCGGUCAGUGGAUUUACAUGAGAAGG